AUGGCUGCAACACUUGUGAAACACCACAACACCCCUCCAUUCACUGAUCACAAAGAUCUGCACAACGUCAUAGAUGCGACACAGCUUGGUGAUGUCCCUUGGCAGUGUUUCUCUGCACAAUACACAGGAGAACAACCUGAGGUUGUCCCACCUUGGAUGGACGAAGAAUUUGAGGUCUGGUAUAGGGACCCUUGUGCAAUGGCGCACAAUAUACUUGCUAACCCUACCUACAAGGACAAAAUUGACUAUGACACCAUAUUGCAAGAUCCAGAAACACAUGGAUCUGCUUUGAUCCCAAUCAUUCUCGGUAGUGACAAGACUACUGUCUCUGUGGGCACUGGUAAUAAUGAGUAUUACCCCCUCUAUGCCUCGAUCGGUAAUGUAUGUAACAACAUACGAUGCAUGCACCAUGAUGCUCUUGUCAUCAUCAGUUUCCUCACCAUACCCAAAACUGACAAGACACAUUCGAAAGAUGACUUAUUUCGGAUAUUUUGCUGCCAGCUGUUCCACAGCUCAUUGUCCAUGAUUCUCUCCAGUCUAAAACCUGUUAUGACUGAGUAUGAGGUCGUGCACUGUGGAGACGGACACUUUUGGUGCAUCAUAUAUAGUCUAGGACCAUACAUCAUGGAUUAUGAAGAACAACUAGUGCUAUCCUGUAUUGUCAAACAUUGGUGCCUGAAAUGCAUUGCAGUUCGCACAAACCUUGAUGGUGAUGCCACCUACCACACCCACAAGUUUACUGAUUUCUUAAUCAAUGAGCUACAUGUGGAUGUAUUGUGGGAUGAAUUUGGUCUCAUUGGUGAUCUCAUCAUGACUGACAUUCAUGAGUUGCUGUCAUUUGACCUCCUCCACCAGCUAAUUAAAGGGGCUUUCAAAGACCAUCUCAUUGAUUGGGUAGCAAAGUACCUCAAGGCCAUGCAUGGGACCAAAUGGUCAGAGGAGAUCAUGAGCAACAUAGAUCACAGAGUUGCUGCUGCACCAUCAUUCUCUGGUCUACGAUGUUUCCCUCAAGGCCGCAAUUUUAAACAGUGGACUGGCGAUGAUUCCAAAGCGCUCAUGAAAGUGUUUCUUCCGGCUAUCGAAGGUCACGUACCUCAAGACAUGGUGCAUGCAUUUCGUGCAUUGUUAGAAUUCUGUUAUCUUGUCCAGCACAAUGUCAUUACUGAAGAUACACUGAUUCAGAUUCAAGAUGCACUUGGUCAUUUUCAUCGAUAUCACACAAUAUUUGAAAAUGUCGUUCCCACCUUCUCACUCCCCCGUCAGCACUCGAUGGUUCAUUAUGUUGACAUGAUCAAACUCUUCGGUGCCCCUAACAGACUGUGCUCAUCAAUCACAGAAUCAAAGCACAUCAAGGCCGUAAAGGAGCCUUGGCAGUGGUCAAACAGGCACAAUGCUCUUGGUCAGAUGCUUGUGACCAAUCAGCACCUUGAUAAGCUCACAGCGUCCCAUGCAGACUUUGAUGCGCAAGGGAUGCUCACUGGCACAAUUUUAUCAAUAGCAGCAUUGGCACAUGAAGUUGCUUACUUUCUAUUCUCUCAGCUCAACCCAGAUGAUGCCUGCAACCCCAAAGAUAUCCCAGCUGCUAGCUUGCCUCAACAUGAAGGCAAGCUUCAGGUCUUCAAUUCUGCUGCUGCAACGUUUUAUGCUCCCAGUGAUCUGAGUGGCAUUGGUGGCAUGCGACACGAACAUAUCCGUGCAUGUCCACUCUGGCAAAAUGAGUACCCACACAAUGAUUGCAUGUUCAUUAACACUGAUUCAGAUGCUGAAGGGAUGCAAGGACUCGAAGUUGUGAGAGUCAUAUGCUUCUUUUCAUUCAAGCACAACUGGGAAGUAUAUCCUUGUGCUCUCAUACAGUGGUUUGAGAAGAUUGGUGACUGCCCUGAUGAAGAUACUGGCAUGUGGAUGGUCACUCCAAGUUUUCAUGAGGACGGCUUGAGGAACCUUGCUGUCAUUCACAUCGAGACGGUCUUCCAUGCAGCACACUUGAUAGCUAUCUACAGUUCAGAGUACAUUCCUCACUCCCUCAAGUUUUAUCAUUCUCUUGACACUUUCAGCUUAUUUUAUGUCAACAAAUACACUGACCACCACGCAUUCGAGAUAGCGUCCUGA